ACCCAUAACCAUAGCCAUAGCCAUACCAACAAAACAAAAAAAAAAAAAAAAAAAAAAACACAAGCGAUACGAUACGAUACAAUAAGUCAGCGUAUGCAGCGCUGUUUGUUUAUUUUUUACAAGCUAAAAACAAACGACAAAACAAAUCAGUAAAGCCGCCCGCGUUUCGAGUUUGCAAAAGGAACGAACAAAAUAAAAAACAAACAACAAAUAAUCAAAAAAACAAAAAAAAAACGUGCAUUGUGUGAGUUUGAAAUUUUCGAUUUUCAAAUUUUUGGCUUGUGCCGUGUGUUCCUUUUUCCUUCUAACGUACAUAAUACAUACAUUCGUAUUUCGUAUCCGAACAUACAUACGUGCAAUAAUCAAUAUAAUACAAACUGCGUAGAACAGUAUUAAAAUAAAAACGAAAAAAAAAACUGGCUUAAGACUCGACUCCAACUUGCGUUGGUGUACGUUUACAUACAUACAUAUAUACUAAAUAUAUAUUUAUAUAUUUUUGUGCAAGGAAAGUUAUAAAAUAUUUGGGAUCCAAAGUGAAUGAAUUAAAAAUAAAGGACUAAGCAUAAAGUUAAUUCACAAUUGAAACAUUCGGACUUGAUCCGAUAUCUCACAGCUAUGGAACACUUUCAUCAAAUACAGCAAACAAUUCAACACUAUCAGCAGCAACUGGCUGCUCAGCAACAACAACAAGUACAACAGCAACAGUUGCAACAACACCAGGUGGUCGUGCAGCAGAAUCAGCAGCAGGCGCAUCAGAACAGCUCCAAUACCACGGCUGGCGUUGGCACCCAACAGCUGUUCACAUACAAAAUGGCCAGCAGUUUUCCAAGUCCGGCCACGACGAUGGCUCAAGUGGUUGCCACAUCGAACGCAGCCGGUACUACGGGCUAUGAUUAUCGUCUAAAUAUGGCACAGGCAGCCGCAGCCGCUGCCGUUCCCGGGUCCCAAUGGUGGUAUUCGGCCGCCAAUCAGGGUCAGGUCGAUGCCAAUACAGCGGCGCAACUGCAGCAUCAACAGCAGCAACAGCAGCAGCAGCAACAACAGCAGCAGCAACAGCACCAGCAGCAACAACAGAUGCAACAGCAGCAACAACAACAGAAUGUCAUCAAUUCGGCUGGGAGCCCUAUGAUCAGAGGCAAGGCUGAUGCUAAGCCCAGAGGCCGAAUGACCGCCUACGCAUACUUUGUACAAACUUGCAGAGAGGAGCACAAAAAGAAGCAUCCCGAUGAGACGGUCAUAUUUGCCGAAUUCUCACGAAAGUGUGCCGAAAGGUGGAAGACAAUGGUGGAUAAGGAGAAGAAGCGUUUCCAUGAAAUGGCCGAGAAAGACAAGCAGCGAUAUGAGGCUGAAAUGCAGAACUAUGUGCCGCCCAAGGGAGCGGUCGUGGGACGUGGCAAGAAGAGGAAACAAAUCAAGGAUCCCAAUGCUCCAAAACGUUCAUUGUCUGCGUUCUUCUGGUUCUGCAAUGAUGAAAGAAAUAAGGUGAAGGCACUUAAUCCCGAGUUUGGAGUUGGCGACAUUGCCAAAGAGCUUGGACGAAAGUGGUCAGAUGUGGAUCCCGAGGUCAAGCAGAAAUACGAGUCGAUGGCAGAACGAGACAAGGCUCGAUAUGAACGCGAGAUGACCGAAUACAAGACGAGCGGGAAAAUAGCCAUGUCCGCCCCGUCGAUGCAGGCGUCAAUGCAGGCGCAGGCACAGAAAGCCGCGUUACUUGCCGCCGCUGCCCAGCAGCAACACCAGCAGCUGGAAGAGCAGCAUGACGACGACGACGGCGAUGGAGAUGAUGACGAGAACCAAUAGGUUUAGCAGUAAAUACUCUUCACUAUUUAUACACACGGUCGUUGUCACGAAGAAAGGAAAUGAACAUGAUAACGUUGGUUGAUCUAUUAUCAGGUUGGCCAAUGUGUGUUGAAUAUAUAUUUAUAUAUAUAAGGGUGUUCCCCUUUUUAAAGGUUCCGUUUUCCGGUAACAAAAAACUCGUCACAAUUUGUUCAGAUCAUCUGACGACAAACGCUAAUAUCAAUCGUGUUUUGAUUACAAAAUAUAGACUAACAAGAUCAUGGUGGAAAGGUUUUAAAAAUAUAAACUUUUUUUUGAAAGUAGUAAGGAUUUUUGAGCUCUUGUGAAUCUCGAGUGGACUUUAUUUUCCACCGACCCUACAAAAUGAGUGGUGUUAGUCUCUUUCAGAAAAUAUUUUUCAACCAAAGUCCAAAGCUAAAAAUCCAAUUAGCACAGAUAUCUCUUGAAGUUUCAAAAGAGGUUUUUAAAUUAACCGAAGAGAAGUAAGCUAUAAAACCAUUGUUCCUAGUAUAUUUCGAAACAAAAAAAAAAGGAAAUCUCAAGAGAUUCUGUGAAACUUGUGGAUUUUUUAAAAAGAUUUGCAUACCAACCGAGAUGUCUGUGAUUGGAAAACCAAAGCACAAAAUUGUUUUGUUUUUGUUGUGAUAAAUUUGAAAGUUAUCGGGAAGUGGAACCUCUAAAAGACACCUAUUAUAUAUAUGUAAAUGCAUAUAUAUAAAUAAUAUAUAAUUUUUUUUUUUUAACAUAAGUAAUCAAAUUUCCAUGAAUUAUGAAGAUAAAUCACAAAGAAACCUUUUAUAAGUUCUAUGUUAAGAUGAAUACGAUUAAGUAUGGUUAGAUUAAAAUGACACUCAUCUGUCUGCAACCCUUAUUUGUGCUUCAGUGCUAAGUUUCUCCUAAAAGUAAUAAGAAGAAUUAUUUUAUAAAUUGAAGAAAUUCAUCAUGAUGUCAUUCGUUCUCAGCAACUAUGAAGGUUACCACUACAUUUAUAAAUAUUGGUACAUAUUUCCCAUUUAUUAAAGUUAGAUUCACCAAUAAUGAAACUACAAAAAAAAAAUCAAUGCGUUCGAGUUUAUAUGUGUCCCCCAGCAAACAGAAAACAAACUCAAUGAAACGUGAUAAUGUGAAAUACUUAACUCAGUGGCGGGUGAUAUCUCGAUCUAUUUAUUUUUGCCGCUCUGCAAAUGUGUAUAUUAAUCUUUAUACACAUCAACAUAUAUAUAAACAAAAGGAAGAAAAUAACAUUUGCGAUUCCAAUUCAUUUAUUUCGUUUACUCAGUUACAUUUCGCGAUUCUUGAAUUUAGAUCCGUGAAGAGAUUUGGAUUUUGUGUUCAUUUGUAAAUAUAUACAUCAAUUAAUAAUAGCCAUGAUUAUAAGAUUCGGAUAGUUAAUCUAAGGUUGUUAAACUUUUUUUUUUGGAAAGAAAGAAGCAAACAACCAAAGCGAUAUCUCGGACAUUGCAACAAUUGUUGACCAUGGCCAUGUACAUACUAUUUGAAGUAUUAUUUAGAUGAGACUACGUAGAAAUUAACGAGAGAAUCGAGAGCAAAUUAUAUACACAACCCUAAUAUUAGAUUAGAUUUCAGCGGGACUGCAAGAGUAAUGUAAAUUGCAUAGAAAGUUUGAAGGGCGAAGUGAAAGCUAUUUUUUACGGCCUUAAAGAACAAAAAAAAAUGUUCCAGGCACAGACACAAGUGUUUAUGCGGAUUGUAAAGGGAGACGUUCCUCUGGCUUUUGAUAGAUGGGUCACCAAGAUCAUCAAUCUACAACGGUUGGAUGCAUGUUUCUCUUUAUAUGGCAUGUAUAAGCUAAGUAGUGGUUAGAUAUUAUAACGUGAUAAGAGAGGAGCUGAUACUAUAACUAUGGAUGCAGAGUUAAUCACGAUGUCUCUAGCUGUAACCCUAACUUCGAUCUGUCCACGUUAUGAGUGCAAGAUAGAUAUGUAUAUGUAUGUAUUUAUAUAUAUUUUUUAGCAUGAUUUUCGAUAGAGAAUAAACUCGCCACCGAGAUUAUAUUCAUAGAAGUGUCUAGGUUAAACCUUCAAUUCCAAAUUUUCUACAAAAUUGAAAGGUAAUCAUCCCUCACAUCAUAAAUUACUAUGAAAAUUCCAGUUCCCUGUGCGCUUUGUUAUAAGAAAACUAAACUAUUAUUAAAUAAACUUUUAGAAAUGAGA